AUGCCCAAGUUUUACCCCUCCCUCUCCAGCGAUCUGGCCGAAUGGCUUCUUGCACAACCGCUGUUCUUCGUCGCCAGCGCCCCAAUCGCGGGUGCUCACGUCAACGUAUCUCCCAAGGGCCUCCCAUCUCACUCGCUCGCCAUAAUCAACCAGAACCAGGUCGCCUAUCUGGACGCCACGGGCUCCGGCUGUGAGACAAUCUCGCACAUCUAUGAGAAUGGCCGCGUCACGCUUAUGGCGUGCAGUUUCGGCACCUCGCCACGCAUCAUGCGCCUCUUCUGCACGGGCCGCGUCGUCGAGAGGAACAGCCGUCAGUUCGACGAGUGGGUGGCCAAGACCGGCAUCAAGGAGGGCAUCAAGGCGUGCAGAGCCGUCAUAGUCCUUGAUGUUUUCAAAGUUCAAACAUCAUGUGGUUACGGUGUCCCCGUCCUGUCGCCCAAGGGCUCUCCGCAGGAGCAUGCGGAAGAUGAUGUCGAGUCCGACGCCGCAGCCAAGUACUGGGAGGACCGCGACACGAUGUCCAACUGGGCAACCAAGAUGCUCGCCAAGGACGGCGCCAUUCAGGGCUACCAGCGCCAGAACAACAGCUACAGUCUGGACGGGUGUCCCGGUUUGAAGUCUGCACGCAAGUCUUGCGGCGAAAUCUUGAUGCUGGGGGACGUGAGGGCACGUACUAGGCGGAUGGUGGUGGGAGAGUGGGGCGCGGUAGUGCUAGGCGCGGUGUUAAUGUUGCUGGGCAUCAUGAUGGCGAGGGCAGCAGGGCUGGUAGACAUUACCGUAAAGAUGUAA